GGAAGUCAUUUUAGUUUUGCAGUGUCUUCGUUCACUGACGGAGAACAGCUUUGCUUUACUCUUGACUGCGGCUGCAAAUGGAAAUGUAUAAAAUACUCCUUUUGACAGUGGCAGUCAUUGCACCAGGAACAUCUCAAAAUGCAACUGAUGAACCUAUAUUUACGAUUCCUCAGCCUGAAAUAAUCCCAAAUCCAGCUCAUAAAGUGUUGUACAGCACAGAACAAGUGACUCUACAAUGUAGCGUCAGUAAAUCAAUACCUGAUUUACAGUAUGAAUGGUUCAAGGACUCAUCUCCUCUAAACCCUCCAACUGAUAAAUCCAGCAUUACUGUGAAUGCCGGUGGAACAUAUGAAUGCAAGGCGAAGAAGGGAUCUUCCGUGUCCGACAACAGCAAUCCGUACAGUUUUACUUUACAAGCAAUCCCAACACCAAAACUAACCUUUGAACCAAAAUGGACAGAAAUCUACCCAUCUGAAAAAGUCACUCUGAGCUGUGAGAUUCAGGGCAGCUCGGAUACCUGGAGUUACACAUGGUUUAAAAAUAAUGAAGAUUUAGGAGAAACAAACCCUACUCUAACCAUCAUAGCAAAGAGUUCAUCUGACUCUGGACAAUAUGCAUGUAAAGGAAAAAUUAAUGGCAGAUCAGUUAUUACCCAACAGAGUAAUGUAUUUCAACUAAACGUAAGAGAUCCCCUGCCCAAACCGCGUUUAACCCAGACCCCAGAUUUCCAAGUGAUUUACACAGGAGAAAAACUAACAUUUAAUUGUAAAUCCGAGGUGCAGUCAUCAGGCUGGGAAUAUCUCUUCUUUAGAAAUUCAAACCAGAUUAACACUGACACCAGCGCAAACAGUUUUUCUGUCACAUCAGCACAAGUGCAAGACAGUGGAAAAUACUGGUGUCAAAUCAAACGAAGAACUCUUACCUCUGGCCAAAGUGAUGAACGCACAGUAACUGUCAAAGACCCUCCCAGUGUUAAAGUUGUGUCAGACUGGACAGAUGCUUUCCCUGGUGAAACAGUGACUUUACAGUGUGUGAUUCAAGAUACAUCAGAAAAAUGGACUUAUACGUGGUUCAAGGAUAGAAACAUUGUCUCUAGUGGUCCUGACACACAGAUAAAUGAAAACACUCUGUCAAUCUCUGUUAAACCUGGCCAAAGUGGGACAUACACAUAUGUUUGUCAAGCUGAGCUGGAGGGCAGGUCGGUGAAGACUAAAGAAAGCUCAUCACAUUCGUUUAAAGUUCAUGAAUCCAUGCCAACCAUCAGUUUGAAGCAAGAUCCAGAAUACCCAGCGAUCUACACCGGUGAACAGGUCAUACUUACCUGUAGCAUUACAGAGCAAACAUCAACUCAGUGGAUAUACCAGUGGAAAAAAGACAAUACUGAGGUCAACAGUGGCGGUCAGACUUACACUAUCUCAAGUGCUACAAUGCUUGACAAAGGAUCCUACACGUGUCAUAUAAGCAGGAAUGGGGUCCCAUUUUCAUCUGAACCAAAAAAACUGACCAUAAUCGAGCCACCUCAACCACAACUGUCCAAAGAGCCUCAAUGGGAUUUAUUUUACCCAACUGAAAAGGUGACUCUGACGUGUUCAAUCAGUGAAAAUCCAAAUGAUUGGGAAUAUGAAUGGUACAACAACACAAUUAAGCUCUCCAAAGACAAUGACAUCUCCUUAUCUGAAAAAACACUUUCAAUAAACUCAGCAAAAUCAAGUCACUCUGGAAGUUAUAAGUGCAAAGCAAAACAUCUACGGAGAUCGCCAGUCACUACAAAAGAAUCAGAGGCCCUGCAGCUUCACAUUUCAGAUUCCACACCUAAACCAACCAUACAAUCAGAGCCAUCAUUUGAGUUUUUCUACACUGAUGAACGAGUCCAGCUUACUUGUGACAUGCCAGGUGCCGCAUGGGAAUAUUAUUGGUACAAAGACUCAAAGACAACAAAACUUUCUACUGCAAAUAAAAAUUAUAUUAUUAAUUCAGCAUCUCUCCAUGACACUGGUGACUAUUACUGCGAAGCAAAGAGAGGGAACUUCUCAAUCAACAGUGAGGGGAAAAAAGUGCAAGUUAAAGAGCCACCUCAACCACAACUGUCCAAAGAGCCUCAAUGGGAUUUAUUUUACCCAACUGAAAAGGUGACUCUGACGUGUUCAAUCAAUGAAAAUCCAAACGAUUGGGAAUAUGAAUGGUACAAAAACGAAACUAAGCUUUCCAAAGACAAUGACAUCUCCAUAUCUGGAAAAACACUUUCAAUAACCUCAGCAAAAUCAAGUCACUCUGGAAACUAUACGUGCAAAUCAAAACAUCUACGGAGAUCUCCAGUCACUACAAAAGAAACAGAGGCUCUGCAGCUUCACAUUUCAGUUUCCACACCUAAACCAGUCAUACAACCAGAGCCAUCAUUUGAGUUUUUCUACAUUGAUGAGCGAGUCCAGCUUACUUGUGACAUGCCAGGUGCCGCAUGGGAAUAUUAUUGGUACAAAGACUCAAAGACAACAAAACUUUCUACUGUAAAUAAAAAUUACAUCAUUAAUUCAGCAUCGGCCCAUGACGCUGGUGACUUUUAUUGCGAAGCAAAGAGACGUCAUUUCUCAAUCAAAAGUGAGGGGGAAAAAGUGCAAGUUCAAGCUCUUUCAGCAGCUUCACUGAACCUGGUCACUGAAUUGAGUGACAUCAUCGCUGGAAAUAUCCUGACACUGAAUUGUAAGGUUUUAGAUGAUAAAACAUGGAAUUACACCUGGUUUGAGAACAAUCAGGAGCUGAAUGAAUCUUCAAGUACAUUAAAGGUCAAAUCAACUGAAGAAACUAUUAAAAAUGAAUUUAAAUGCAGAGGGAAAAGGACAGAACGACCGCUGUACUCCUAUUGGAGUGAUCCGUUCAUGGCAAAUAAUAUUUUGUUCAAAAGAAAAAUACUGCUGGCCAUUUCAGGCUGUUUUGUCUGCUGUAUUGUUAUCUUGAUCAUUGGAUGCAUCGUACUGAAAAUCACUCGUAAACCAGAGAAGAAAGAGCCAGUUCGUGAUAACUUGUUUAUCUCACUAGCAGAUUCCAAGAACCAAGCUACUUCGCCCUUGAUGGAGUACAUGGACAGUAAACCGUUAGAAAAAGAAUCUGAGGAAAAAGAAGAACUGCAGCUGGAUAGUAUUUCAGUCACUCAUGUUGAUGGUGUGAUAAAGGGUGAAGAUUCACCAUCAGCAGAAACUAAUGGCCUAACAUCUUUUAAAGCAACCUAAAGCAAUUUGUCAACAAUCAACAUCAAGAUGAAGUUUCUCUCUUUUUUAGUAAGGCAGCUAAAGUAGCACGUGCAUUUUUAAUAAGACUGAAUUUUGUGUUAUAGCAUUGCACUUUGUCUAAGAGCAAAAAAUGCUUAUGUUUAAUUUUAAUAUUAACUGCAGUGUUAAACUGUAAAUAUGUGAGAGGAACAGCAUGCUGGCCUAAAGCGGGCAGUGAUUGUAAAGUAGAAAUGAAUAAUGGACUUCUGUUAUGCUAAGCAGUAAACAUCUACUGUAGUCUAUAAUGAUUGUAAUACAUCUACAGAUUUUUUUAUUGUUAUUAUUGUAAUUUAUUUAGAAAUUAAGCAAAAGCCUUUAAAUGUUUCUGCUGUUUUAAGUGAUAUUUCGCCACUUCUGAAUGUUUCAUUUGUGAAAUAAAGGUUCACAUAAUCCUUUACAUAAAAUAUAUUUGGUUGUGUUUGAAACAGCAUACCACAAUACAACUCCAUUACUGCAGUAUAUAUGCACAUUGCAUAGUUUAUGUAUAUUUAGUAUUUCUAGACAACGUAUUGCAUUUGCCAGAAAAGUUGGUAUACCAAUUUAGUAUAGUACAGCGUAACAAGUUUGAGGGUCUACUUUAAACACUGGCACAGUACUGUAUAUACUAUUGCCCAAUACUGAGUUAAAUCUAAACAUGCCCAGCACCCCAUCCAUUGUUUUCCCACAGGAACACAACUGCUUUUUGCUAGUGAGCUUAUUUUGUAAACAAAUAUUAAUGACAUUUUGUUAAAUAUAGACUCUUUGUGUGUAAACGUAUUUUACCAUCUGUACUAUCACUUUGUGUGACACUUUUUAAAAGAUAUAAAAAUAUGUAAAUACUGUAUGUUUGGUUUAUAGUUUGAAAAAUUAAAUGUAAGGAUGUGCCCCCUAAAAAUUGUAAGGACUUCUUUUUUGAAAUUUAGCAAUUUAGCAACUUUUUAAACUUUGUUCAUGGGGUGGCACAAAAAUAUAAUUAUACAAACUAACUAUACUUUUCAAAAGUAUUUUAAGUGCCUAAAAACUAUGAUGUAUAAUGAACUAUUUCUACAUUUUGCAAAAAAAUGAAAAUUGUUAAAAUAUGAAAUAAAUUGCUGAUGACACAGCCUACUGUCUGAAAGGUUUUAAUAAAACAUGAUGUGGUUUUAA